GCACUCGACUUAAGAAGAUGACGGCGUUCGAUUCGGGCUGACAUCUUCGACCAGUGCUUUCUAAGGUGGAUCUAGUCUGCUUGACUGAGUCCUUUUACAAAACGGAGUCAGACAACGUCUCUGGUUCGUCAGAUUUCAGUCUAAUCCUGCGAGGAUCUGUCGACGACCGCCGCGAGAACAUGCUGCUCGGUGCUAGAGUGUGGCUUCCGAUCAGCACGUGCUCCACCACAGUGCUUAAUGUUAUCCUGCACCUUCACAAGACGACCAUUCAAGCAUAAGAUCGGCCAGAGCCGGAGGGGCACCGAGUAUCAUCGUAUCUCCCCGGGUAUUUUUACUGUUUCGCGGAGAGCCAGGGCGUCCCGAAUCCGUCCGAUCUCCCGAUAACUGGUGCACCAGAUGUGACAAUCAUCUACAAUAUAAAACAGGCAGUGGCGCGUGCUCAUCGCAUGGCUGCACUCACUCAACAUGGCGGAGCCCAAGGGUAAAUCGGUCGGAGACUUUGCAACUGACUUCAUGCUGGGCGGUGUCGCUGCUGCCAUAUCCAAGACGGGAGCAGCACCCAUCGAGCGAGUCAAGUUGAUGAUCCAAAACCAAGGUGAACUCAUCAAGCAAGGCCGACUUGCGACACCUUACAAAGGCAUCGGGGAUGCCUUUAUGCGAACGUACAAGGACGAAGGUCUGGUCGCUCUCUGGCGAGGCAAUGGCACCAAUGUCCUCCGUUACUUUCCAACGCAGGCACUCAACUUUGCGUUCAAGGACUACUUCAAGGCAUUGUUUGGGUUCAAGAAGUCGGAAGGCUAUUGGGUACCACAUCCGCCAUCCGUUUGCCUGCGACUGAAAUCUUGCCAGACUUGGUUUGCCGGAAACAUGGCCUCGGGAGCUGGAGCCGGCGCAGCCUCGUCCCUUUUCGUCUAUUCUCUCGAUUAUGCGCGAACACGUCUGAGCAGUGACGCCAAGUCCACCAAGCCUGGAGGCACCCGCCAAUUCAACGGUCUGCUCGAUGUCUACAAGCAGACCCUCGCCACCGAUGGCGUUCGCGGAUUGUAUCGUGGGUUUGGCCCCUCGAUCGUCGGGAUCAUGGUCUACCGGGGGACUUAUUUCGGAUUCUACGAUUCACUGAAGCCGACUGUGUUGGUGGGACCUUUGGAGGGUUCCUUCCUUGCGUCCUUCGCUCUGGGCUGGGUCGUCACGACUGUUGCCGGCAUUGCGGCUUAUCCGAUGGACACGGUGCGACGCAGGAUGAUGAUGACCUCCGGAACUGGCGUCCACUACAAAUCGACGUUGGAUGCGGCUCGCCAGAUCAUGGUAGGUGAAGGUCCCAAAGCUCUCUUCAAAGGCGCAGGUGCAAACAUCCUGCGUGGAGUUGCCAGUGCUGGUGUCCUCGCUAUCUACGACAAAUUCCAGGCCCUCAUGUUCAAUGGAAAGGUCUACUCUGGAGGUAAGCACUUUUAUGCCCUAUACGAGAUUUUUCAUAGACCCUUGGAAGGUUCCGGUUGAGAGGAACAUGAAAUGUGGAAUAUUUGGCACAUUUGGGAAACAUAUAUCACAGCAUACUUACAGUACAUAGUAUCAGAAAUCACAAAUGGCAAUUGUUUCUCACGGUCGUUGAUUUUCCUCUCUUCCCUUGACGUGCCUAUAGAGCGCGUUCACCAUCCAUAUGCUUCGACUCUGUGCGCAGCAGACAUGUAAACACACCGGGGCAAGCUCGUCCGCGCUGUUCCACACCUCGGCGGCAAUAUACGCAGCGUCCCCCGCUCGACUCCGCUCUCGCGCACUCAAGAGGAAGCAAAGCAUAGAAGAGAAGGCCCGGCGCGAGCGGUACCUCGAGGAAACGCGGCCCAGUCCCAUUCUCGGCACUCGGCCAAACGACCUGGAUAAAUGGCAGCAGUGCAAAUUGGCGCAGACCCUUGUCGACGAAUCCUGGCUCAAUCAGCCAUUCGACCCGGAACGUGUUCUCUCUGCGCAGGCCGCUCGUUUCGGCGCUUUAGCGGACGCCGACGCACCAGAGAGCGCUGGCGUAGUGAAGACCAACGGUGACGCGAAGAACGCGAGCGAAACAAAGAGCCCCGUUGGCAAGAAAGAGAGCCAGACAGACAAGCAGGAGAAUGGGCAAGAUAAGGAGAAGCAGGCUCCGUUCGUCUUGUACCGAGCGUUUGGAAUUGGGCCUGCGGAGGAGAAAUUGCUAUUCCGCGACCUUCCUAAAUUCAUUGAUGCAUCCAAGGAGGUUGAGAUGAGGGCAACGCCUCCAUCGACGGCGACGGCGACUGCUGGAGGCACUGAGGUUCCCACUGCGGUCCUGAAAAGCCCGUAUAAACUGGAGAAGGCCCUUGAAGUUGCCGCAAAGAAGCAGGCUAUCAUCACGGCCAACUUUGAACGGCUCACUGACCUCAGGAACUCUGACGCUGCGGGAAUAGCGUACGAGAAUCGCCGGAGGAUCAUCUUGGCCUUUUCUACGCCGCAAAAUCCCUUCGACCCUGGCCGCACCGAAGUACAAAUUGCGAUACUGACCUAUCGGAUCCGAAAACUGUUCGACCACUUGGCCAGAUGCAAGCAUGACGUGCAGAACAAGCUUUCGCUGCGGAAGGUUGUGCACCAGCGAGCGAAGUUGCUCCGUUAUCUCAAGCGGACGCAGCGGAUCCGCUACGACGAGCUGUUGGAGCAGAUCGGUCUUGAACCGGAGUCUGCGGAGGGCGAACUUGCCGUCGAAUAGUUAGUUCUCUGCACGCGUUGAAUAGCAUCCUGGUGUUUUCACACUACACGUCAAACCCUCCAUCGGAAUCUGUCGAAGUGCCAGGUGACCGUGCGGCGGCGUGAUGCUAGCUUGUAUCCCCCUAUGUACUUACUACCCUUGUGUCGAUGUCCGCGUCGAUCGAUCCAUCCACCCUACUAUCGCCUCCAUGGUUGUCUAUGAUUCCCCUUUUGGAAGCAGCCAAGGUUAUCAGCAGUCCGAUAUGCGCGUCUGAAGCCGACAUGCCAACCCCUGGCUCUGCUUGUCACUUACCACCACCAUGUCGCUGCGGCCGAUCGUGUACUACGGCUCCGUGAUAAAUCCGGUCUCCUUGACGUUAUUCAAGGCCCUGCCUGCUUGUCUCCUGGCUGUGGGCGGAGAUGGAAAUAUCGCAUGGGUCGACGAGGACGUUCCGGCUUCUGGGAUCCAAGAGGUUCUGGCUGCUCACGGCUUUGAGGACGUCGAGGUCGUUUGUUUGCGGGACGGGGAGUUUAUUAUGCCUGGAUUCGUCGACACUCAUACACAUGGUCCGCAAGUCCCUAAUAUGGGCAGUGGGCAGCAGUAUGAGUUGCUGGAAUGGCUAGAAAAGAUCACAUUCCCCAUGGAAUCGAGAUUUUCUGAUCCCGCGUUCGCCCAUGCGACGUAUUCGUCCGUUGUUCGCCGAAUGAUUGAUGCGGGAACAACGACCUGCUGCUACUACGGAACUCUCCAUGUGGAGGGGACCAAAAUCCUAGCGGAUAUUGUACAUCGCCAGGGACAACGAGCUUUUGUCGGGAAAUGCAACAUGGAUCGCCACGCUCCUUCGCAUUAUGUCGAGGACUCGGCCGAAGCGUCCAUUGUGGCUACCAAGAGCCUCGUGUCCCACAUAGAUAAACUCGGAUCGCCGGACACGCGCCUUGUGCAUCCCAUCCUGACCCCGCGCUUUGCGAUCACAUGCUCAGACGACUUGCUAGCGUCCCUGGGCGAGAUGGCUGCGGCUGAUCCGACGCUCCGGAUCCAGACGCACGUCUCAGAGAACCCAGCGGAGGUGGUCUUUGCCAAGGCGCUCUUCCCGGAGCGCCCGUCGUACACCCAUGUGUACGAUCACUUUGGGCUGUUGCGGAACAACACCAUUUUAGCGCAUGCGAUUCAUCUCGAGGACGAGGAGAUCCACCUCAUCGCCGAGAAGCACGCUGGGAUCAGCCACUGCCCGACGAGCAACUUUAAUCUGAACAGUGGGAUUGCGCCGGUGGGCGUCUAUCUGGAUCAUGGGAUCAAAGUGGGACUUGGCACAGACGUGUCUGGUGGAUACUCGCCGUCGAUCUUGAAUGCGAUCCAGAACUGCAGCAUUGCUUCCAAGGUGCUUGCGAUGCAAUCACGGGCAGAUCCGGGCGAAGAAGGCUUCACAAACAAGCAGCUUUCAGUGGCCACGUUACUGUAUCUAGCAACCGAAGGAGGGGCCCGUGUCUGUAGUCUCGACAACAUCGGGACCCUGGACGCGGGCAAGAGCUUUGAUGCGCUGAUCGUCAAUGUGGGUGCGAGCGCAACAAACCCAGCGAUUUGGUCCUCUCCGAAUUCGCUGCCAGCCAAGCUGGAGCAGUUCUUCUUCUGCGGAGACGACAGGAAUAUUGCCCGGGUUUAUAUCCAAGGUAGAUUAAUAGGUGGAACUUCAUUUACAUCAUAAGCCUGCUUCAAUGAGAU